GCCAGCAACACGCGCAGAAGAACGUUCGCAGUUCGACUGAGCGUCUCACGAUCCGGUUAAACUCCGCAGCGGUCCGCUUGUCCUCCGUGAAGCACGCGCCGAGAGGACCCCUUGCGUUUAUUUCUACACACGUCUAAAUCACAGCUUGCAGAGAUGGCUGAAUCGGAUGUGAAUCCUAAAGCGUAUCCUCUGGCUGACGCUACUCUCACCAAAACCAUCCUGGACCUGGUGCAACAAGCGGCCAAUUACAAACAGCUGAGAAAAGGGGCCAAUGAAGCCACUAAAACCCUGAACCGUGGCAUUGCGGAGUUCAUCGUGAUGGCUGCCGAUGCUGAACCGCUGGAGAUCAUCCUUCAUCUGCCUCUGCUGUGUGAGGACAAGAACGUCCCGUACGUGUUUGUGCGCUCCAAGCAGGCCUUGGGGCGCGCGUGCGGGGUGUCCCGGCCAGUCAUCGCCACCUCCGUCACCAUCAAGGAAGGCUCUCAGCUCAAGCCUCAGAUUCAGUCGGUGCAGAUGGCCAUCGAGAGACUGCUGGUCUGAGAACACUUCUGCAGUUUUGAUUUGUCCCUCGUUUGUCACUUACCACCUGUAUUUUAAUUAUGAAUUGUUUUGUGUUUCUUAAGUUUGAAAGUGUUCACUUUCUCAUUUUGCCACUGGACGAGCACAUGUACAUUUAUAUUAAGGAAAGAAAAAUAUAAUCGCUGUUUUUCUAUUUUUUUUUUAAUUAUGAGAAUUAAGUUUGGCAUGGUAAAACAUUUUAAAUAAUAGUUAUGAAGUUAUAUAUAGCGAUCAUUGUACAGACUUGUAAUAAAAGACAAACUCCAGGAUA